UGUCUGUCUUUGAAUUUAUCGAACUCUGUGUUCGUAGCAGUGUCACUUUAUCUAGCUAACCUACAGCGCUAGCUUUGUUAGCAACUCUUACCUAAGUUAACUGCUAGCAGAAGAGUCUAGGCAGACUAGUUUUUAGAGUAGACAUGUAAAAAGAGAUUCUUUGUUUAUUCACUUUAUAACGAUAAGUCAGAUAAUAACUAAUUGUCUGUUUCAGAUGAGUUUGCCAGUAUAACCUGCUGUGAGUGAAGCCAGCUAAAGUUAGUGUUGUGGUGCUUAUCUUUGCUUAGUUUAGCUAACGCUGACUAGCUGUUUUCUGUUCUGUGUGGAUGUUUAAACUUGGUUGAUGUUAUUAUUAGUUUAUAUGUUUGCUAGCUAUAUAGUGUGAAUCAGUUGGGUAUGAGAUCUGUUACUACUUUCUCGUAGUAACGUUAGCUAGGUUAAGUAACUUACGUCAUGACUUUUGCACAGCCAGCACUUGUUUGAUAAGCAACAAACUAACAUUUCCCGCAUUAUUUAAUAACAAGAUGGAAAUACUAUGGACAUUGUUCAUUUAGGCGCUUCAGCUGGUGUCAGAGGAUGGCGGCGUAUCCUAAAUCCCACAACCCCUUCGCAGAUGAUGAUGAUGAGGAACCGGCAGGGCCGAGGAGAGGCUUUAACUUUGAUGAUGAAGAAGAUGAAGAGCGAAAGCUGAGCCCUGCCGAGCGGCGGCAGCGGCAGCUUGAGCAGGAGGUGAUGCGCACAGCAAAGUCCGCUGUGGACAGCAGCAAUCGGUCACUUGGUCUUAUCUAUGAAUCGGAAAAAAUUGGAACUGAGACAGCAGAGGAGCUUAUUCGCCAAGGUGAGGUUUUGAAGAGGACAGAGAGAAUGGUUGAUAAUAUGGAGCAGGACAUGAGGACUAGUCAAAGGCACAUAAACUCCAUUAAGAGUGUAUGGGGAGGUCUGGUCAAUUACUUCAAAGGCAAACCUGAGCCAAGGCCUCCACAAAAGGAACCACCCACAGCCUAUCAAGCCAACAGCAGGCUACAGACUGCGCUGACAGAGAGCAAAGAGCAGGAGGGUAAAUACGAGGCCAGCCACCCCAACCUAAGGAAACUGGACACAUCCGGGUUUGGAGCUUCUGCUUCAUUUGAUAAUGAACCUUCCAGUCAGAACGGAUACCCAAAGAAUAAACAGCUGAGAGCUGCUCAUCAACAACUGGACAAUAACCUAGAUGAUAUUUCUCUGGGUCUGAGUCGGCUGAAGAACUUGGGACUCGGGCUGCAGUCAGAGAUUGAUGACCAAGACGUUUCUCUGGAUUCACUACUUAAUAAAGUGGACUCCAUGGACGGCAAGAUUAGCUCCACCAACCGCCAGAUCAAAAACCUUAAAUGAGCUUAGAGACUGCUGUCAACUCCAGUGGCCACCCGGAUGUUCAAGAACACACUAUAAACAAGAGUUUGUAAGCAUUUUUGAGUGCAUAUUGUUUGAGUGGGCAGUUCAGAACUUUUUUUUUUUUAAGUUUUACUGUUCUUCCAGCAACAGCAGUGUAGCUGGUCUCUCUUCAUCGCGGUGUCACAAGUCAUGGAAGGUAACAGCUAAUGCAUGGAUCUUCAAGUAAUUUUUUUUUCUUGAGUGUCGAGUCAUGCAGAAUAGGCCAAAUGUCCAACUCUACCACAUGACAAGGUUAAUCUGCAGACUGGCCUGCUGGCCUUCUCUAACAGUGCAGCUAGUCAAAAUUCAAGCACUACUAAUUCACACAAUGCUCAUACUCGUAAGAGGUGAAUUGGAAAAAGUGCUUUUGUUUGACUAGCUAGCAGCUCAGCCAAUGUUAUAUGAGCAUUUUUUUCUGUACUAGAAGGAGGUGUGCCACUUUUUAGCUUUUUAGUUAGGCAGCCUGGAUCAAUCAUUUCACAUAUGUUUUGGUCAUAUGUGCUUAAGGGACUGAAAAGAAACCACAGGGUUUAUGAGUAGAACACUAACUGGAAAAUAGUUGCAGCAGGGAAGUAUUGGGCCAGUUAAUCAUGCCUUAAUGCUAAAAUCUGAUCAGUUCAGUUUCAUCACUUUUUUAAUUGGCCAUAGCAUUUCACUGAAUCUUUGUUCGUUUUUGAGUCUUAAUAUAUCUUACACUGAAUCCACACUUGAUGCCUUUUUUCAUCUGGAAUUAAGUGAUAUUUUUUUUUUUGUCCGAUGGGGAGAUGUUCAAAUCUGUCUCCAUUCAAGCUCUUAUUGUUUUGUUUGUUUUUUAAGAAGUUACUAGGUUGUGUUUCAUGGUCUGAAAGAAUAUGAAGAGCUUAACGUAUGUCAUAGUUCAGUAAAAGCCACAAUCAGGACUUUGUAAAGCACUUGCUUGUGUAAAAUGUAGGCUGUAUUCCCACUGAUUCUUGAAAGUACAACUACUCUUCCGGUGUAAACUGGAAAAGUAGGUUGGAUUACAUGAUUAACAACUCAAAUCUAGUUGUUUAAAUGUGAUAUUUUAUGCUGUUUAUUGUCAUUGAUGCAUUCAGAGAUGUAGGUAUGAUGUGAAGAAGGGCAGCAUGGCCUCAGUUUGGGUAGUGAGACUGCCUCUUUGUUGAACUGAAAUCUCUGAAUGUGGCUUUAUGUUGGAAAAGUAAUUUUUCAAUUAAGCUAAGGUCAUUGUAUACAAAUGGAAUUGUUACUCCCCUUCAGAGCAAACCACGUAUGUAUGAAACCGAAUAUGAUAUGAAAUGUAUUAUGUGAAGAAAACAAUAAAAUAUGACAUUUUA